GGUGCGUAUUGUUUGUUGUCAUAAAGAUGGAGUUCUUACUGGGCAAUCCGUACAGCACUCCUGUGGGCCAGUGCAUUGAGAAGGCCACGGAUGGCGGCCUGCAGGCUGAGGACUGGACCCUCAACAUGGAGAUCUGUGACAUCAUCAACGAGACGGAGGAAGGGCCUAAAGACGCCAUCCGAGCACUGAAGAAGAGACUAAGUGGGAACAGGAACUACCGGGAGGUGAUGCUAGGAUUGACGGUGUUGGAGACGUGUGUAAAGAACUGCGGCCACCGGUUUCACGUCUUCGUGGCUAACCGGGAUUUCAUUGAUGGUGUCCUCGUCAAAAUCAUCUCCCCCAAAACCAACCCCCCCAUCGUACAGGAAAAAGUCCUGGCUCUGAUCCAGGCCUGGGCGGAUGCCUUCAGGAGUAGCCCUGACCUGACGGGGGUGGUCCAUAUUUAUGAGGAGCUGAAGAGGAAAGGCAUUGAGUUCCCCAUGGCUGACCUGGACGCUCUGUCACCCAUCCACACACCACAUAGGGGUCUACCAGAGGUGGACCCGGCUGUACUAAAGUACAAAGCCCCCGUCCAGCCCCACGCUGCAGCCACAGCCACAGCUACAGCCACCCUCCCCAAGCCUGCAGCCGCCCCGGCUCCAGCCCCAGCCCCCGCCGCUCUCACCCCCGUCCUACAGAUACCACACAUCCCCAACGUACAGGGCCCCAUCACCGCCAACCCUGAACAGAUCGCCCGGCUGCGCAGUGAACUGGACAUUGUGAGGGGAAACACCAAAGUGAUGUCAGAGAUGCUGACGGAGAUGGUGCCUGGACAGGAGGACUCCUCGGACCUGGAACUCCUUCAGGAGCUGAACAGGACGUGCAGGGCCAUGCAGCAGCGGGUGGUGGAGCUGAUCUCCCGGGUCUCCAACGAGGAGGUGACAGAGGAGCUGCUGCACAUCAACGACGACCUCAACAACAUCUUCCUACGAUACGAGAGGUAUGAGAGGUACCGGUCGGGUAGAGCGGCUCAGAAUAACGGGAUGCUGAGCGAAGCCACAGAGGACAACCUGAUAGACCUAACGCCAGGCUCGCCCGCUGUGGUCAGCCUCCGAGCCACCCCCACACCACCAUCCAGCGUCCCCCCCGUAGCCGCCCCCAGGGCUGGGGCUACAGGGGCUGCAGCCUCCCCUGCCCGGACCCCGGCCCUGAUCCAAGACCCUACCUCCGGCCCCUCAACUCUGUCCACUCAGCUCGCUGGCCUAGAUGUGGGUGGGGACAGUGUCAGUGGUACCCUGUCCUCUCUGUCGGGCCACAACCUUGGAGACGACUUUGACAUGUUCGCUCAGACCAGGACCAGCUCUCUGGCCGACAAACGCAGAAAUGUGAAGUACGAGGACCCUCGGGCCCUGGGCGGGCUUGCCUCGGCUCUGGAUGUCAGACAACAGAACACCACUGGAGGGCUGAGGGUGAUAGGGGAUGAUAACCCAGAGUUGGAGCUGCCCAUAGACAGCUGGCUUAUUACCCAAGGAAUGAUCCCCGUAUCGCAGUCCUCUGUCAUGGAUGACAUAGAGGAGUGGCUCUGUGCUGAUGUGAAAGGCGAUGGUUUAGAUGGUGAGGAAGGGGUGACGAGUGAAGAGUUUGAUAAGUUUCUGGAGGAUCGAGCGAAGGUGGUCGAUUCCUUACCAUCGCUCCCUAGUGAUGAGCCUGGUCCCCCUAUCAGCGCCCCCAGCGGCACCCGCAAGAAGGCCGAACGGACGGAGGAUGCCCUCUUUGCCUUGUAGAGUCUACCCCAGGAAACCCCUCUCUCUGAGGCAUCUACAGCACCUAGGUACCCCAGGCCCACUUGCUCCAUCCGGCACUCCUGCCAAGCAGCAGUGUAGCUACUGAACUGAACACCAAUCCUGCUCCUGCAGAGGACCAUGCUUGCUGUCUGCCCGCGCAGCCGUGUUGCAUCAUGUAUUACUAUUGAGGUUUUGAUCCGUCUGUCAGUGUGGGAUAUGUCUGUAGUCUUGUAUCUCAUCUGCAGCUAGCUACCCGAAGGAGGAUAUAACCUAACAUUGUGAGGAUAGCAAACAUUACUGACCUGUCUCUGUCUGUUUUCACAUUUCAAAAGGGAAAACCAAAAAAUAUAUAGCUGCAUGCAGCCGUGGCAGGGUUCAAGCCCUAUGGCACCACAGCAAAUAUCUGUUACACAGCUUUUAUAUUUGCUUUCCUCUUUUGAAAAGCUUUUGUCAGCUUCCCUCCAUGUUAUCUUGUGUGGUGUGUACAUAGGGGAAGGAAAGGGUCCAAAAUAAUAUUUUCAAUCAGAACCUAAGAAACACCAAAUAUUUGCGAUAGGUAUUGUUAAUACUACCUCUACAAUUGUAAAACAACCGGAUCAGUUGCAACAGUGACGCUUAGCUCUGGUAGUACCUGUACACUAUGUAAGUGUAACAAGUAAAUAAGACUAAGAGGCUUUAAUGACAAAAACAAUUACUAAAUGUGUCUAUCACAGGAGGUUGGUGGCACCUUAAUUGGGAAGUUCGGGCAUGUGGUAAUGAAUGGAGUGGAAUGAGUGGAAAGGUAUCAACAACAUCAAACACAUGGUGCCAUGUGUUUAAUGCCAUUCCAUUUGCUUCGUUCCAGCCAUUAUUAUGAGCCAUCCUCCCCUCAGCAGCCUCCACAGGUGUCUUCUAAUAUUGGGCUAUUCGUCAACAUUUUCCUUCCCCUUCUACUAUGAUGAGACCAAUUUAAUGAGCUUUAUGCACUUUUGGACCCUUGAACAGUUCAGUAUGUAUAUCCUUGUGUUAAUAAGAUGGCAACUCUUUUUUUAUAUAGGAAACAAAACAUUUUUUUCUUAGACUAAUUGCAUAUGAUUUUAUGGAUUUUAUGAAAUUUACAGCCCUUUUCUCGCCCUUCAAAGCACACUUUUUCCUGACAUGGAAAUUAAAGGAAAAGAACAGGCGAAAUAUGGCACUGAAAAUCUAAUCAAAUUUCAAUUUCAUGAUAGCGUAUUGGUAGCAUACUUGACAGAAAAUAAUUAUUGCAAACGCUUAUACAUGUAGUUAUUGUAAAGAAAAGUGUCCAUAUGUUUACAUAAAUAUAUGUAUAUACAUCAGAAAUAUGUGAGUAUUACCUGCAGUACAUGUUUAAAAGUCAAACCGAAUUAAUAGCUUUUAUGUACGUCGCUAAGCCGAAAGGCUAACUCAUUCAUGUAUUGUUUGGUCUCCUGGUUGUAUAUGUACAGUAAUGUCAUGCAGGAAAAUAAAUUCCUCACAAAUCCUUUCUACUUUGGGGAAAGCGCCCCUGCUCUCCUCUCCUUACUCAUACAUGUGUGGGACAGAAAGAGGUUUGGAUGUGCUUCAGAAGGAUGACCAAAAACGUUAUUUUACCGUGUUUUAUGUAUUUUUACUGUGGUCUGAAUUGUUUGGUAAAGCUUCCUGUCUUUAUUUUUGAGGAUUACAUUUGGUGGUAGCUGUGGGCUGUGACUCUGCUAGUGGGACUGCCCCUUUAACCUAUUUUAACAUUCUAUUUGAGUUUGCUUACCUACAAUAGGUAAUGCAGUUAGAUGAGGGCAUAACAUUAAUUUCCUGUUGUCAGGAAGACAUGGGCUAUAGACCACACUUUGAGGCAAAAGAGGUUCUUUCUUCAUUCCAACUCUUUUGCCAGUACCUUUCAAAGUUAAUGCUUAUAAAGCUUCUACAAGUAACACCAAAUUAAUAACGACAAAACGCCAUGACGUUUCACGUCAAUAGGAACUAUUUGUGUUUAUUCGCAAAUAUCCUUAUAUACUUAACAAAGUUACGUGUAUUAUACUGUAAAUGAGACUCAUUUAAAUAAAAUGUCAUAUUUGUCAGAAAAUACCUUACUGUAUCUGUUAUUUAAAAAGAUCCGCUUCCAGAUAAAACAUUAUUUGUAACAAUCAUUUAUAAAUGUUAGAGGGUGACAUUACAAACAAGUAAAUGAUUUGUCUUAGGCAUUAAUGUUUGAAUGUGUUUUAGAAUACUGUAACAGAAUGAACUGUUAUUAAUGAGCUUUUACUCCGUUUCAUUUUUGUCCUAUUUGGUCUUAUAUUGCUUUAAUUAUACCUCUUAGGAGGCCGUAUGAAAUAGUAGCAUAUAUUUUACAAUCAAGAAUUGCUGUUCCUCUUAUGUCUUAAGACUGGACAAAAGCAAAGAGAUGUUUGAACUAAGAUUCUUUGUUACUGAAAUGUAACCUCUCACUUGAUCAAUUACAGAGUUGAUUUCUAUGUGUGUGUGUCACUUUUUCUUUUUUUUUCUUUUUAACCAGAAAGAGUUCUGUGUAUAUGCUUUAUGUCAGAGAUUAAUGUGAUGAUGCAAAGCUCUGACUGCAACCUUACUCUUUUACGGCUGUCCUCCGAUCAGAUGGUUGUGUGAAACUGUUGAGUUGCUAUGGAACGUGAAUCUGUUGCCGUUGCUAUGGAACGUGAACCUGUUGGGUUGCUAUGGAACGUGAACCUGUUGGGUUGCUAUGGGACAUGUGAACCUGUUGGGUUGCUAUGGAACAUGUGAAUCUGUUGGGUUGCUAUGGAACGUGAACCUGUUGGGUUGCAACAGGAAUAAGCUACUGGACAUUGUAACCAUUGUAACGCACUGUAUCUCUUCACUACCCGUAAAACUGGUUGAAAAUAUGUAAUUUCAACAGCAAAAGUAGUUGGGUAUGGACAUGGGGGAGUUGGAAAUUGUGUCCUCCAGUGUUCUGUUUAGGAACAGUUGUUUUUCCUGACCAAGAAAUGUUCCGGUCUAGACUAAAUGGUCAGGUCACAUGGUCAGGAGAACUCCUGUCCCUCCUUCUGUAUGUUGGUGUGGGUGUUCUAUGGCUGUGCUGUUCUGCCAUUCAUUACUUUGGAUUCAGCUUUCUAUUGUGUGACCUGAUGAUGCACGUAUUAACCAAUAAAACACUAGCAACGUGUGACCUCUA